UGUGGCAACAGCAAUUGUUGCUGGUUUCUUUCUUUUCGUCUGUCGGCUUGCUUUUCGUAGUUGGAAAUUGUGAAAAUCCGUAAUUAUAAAAGCAUUUUCCAGCAUGGCGCACAUGUCCCACAUGCUCCAGCAGCCGUCGGCGUCGACGCCCUCCAGCGUGGGCUCCAGCUCCUCGCGCACGAUGUCCCUGAUGGAGAAACAAAAGUACAUCGAGGACUAUGACUUUCCCUACUGCGACGAGAGCAACAAAUACGAGAAGGUGGCCAAAAUUGGCCAGGGAACCUUUGGGGAGGUCUUCAAGGCCCGCGAGAAGAAGGGCAACAAGAAGUUUGUGGCCAUGAAGAAGGUGCUGAUGGACAACGAAAAGGAGGGCUUUCCCAUCACGGCCCUGCGGGAGAUUCGCAUCCUGCAGCUGCUGAAGCACGAGAACGUGGUGAAUCUGAUCGAGAUCUGCCGCACCAAGGCCACCGCCACGAAUGGCUACCGAUCCACCUUCUACUUGGUCUUUGAUUUCUGCGAGCACGAUUUGGCCGGCCUUCUGUCCAACAUGAAUGUCAAGUUCAGUCUGGGCGAGAUUAAGAAGGUGAUGCAGCAGCUUCUCAAUGGUUUGUACUACAUCCACAGCAACAAGAUCCUGCAUCGUGACAUGAAGGCUGCCAAUGUGCUGAUCACCAAGCAUGGCAUCCUGAAACUGGCCGACUUUGGCUUGGCCCGCGCCUUCAGCAUUCCAAAGAACGAGAGUAAGAAUCGCUACACCAAUCGUGUGGUCACCUUGUGGUACCGCCCGCCGGAGCUACUGCUGGGCGACCGCAACUACGGCCCGCCCGUGGACAUGUGGGGAGCCGGCUGCAUCAUGGCCGAGAUGUGGACCCGCUCGCCCAUCAUGCAGGGCAACACGGAGCAGCAGCAGCUCACGUUCAUCUCGCAGCUGUGCGGCUCCUUUACGCCGGACGUGUGGCCCGGAGUGGAGGAGCUGGAGCUGUACAAAUCGAUUGAGCUGCCAAAGAACCAGAAGCGUCGCGUCAAGGAGCGCCUGCGUCCGUAUGUCAAGGAUCCCACCGGCUGUGAUCUGCUGGACAAGCUGCUGACCCUUGACCCCAAGAAGCGUAUCGAUGCGGACACAGCCCUCAAUCAUGACUUCUUCUGGACGGAUCCCAUGCCCAGCGACCUGAGCAAGAUGCUGUCCCAGCACCUGCAGAGCAUGUUCGAGUAUCUGGCGCAGCCACGGCGCAGCAACCAGAUGCGCAACUAUCACCAGCAACUGACCACCAUGAACCAGAAGCCCCAGGACAACAGUAUGAUCGACCGGGUCUGGUAGACUGCUAGGGGUGCACGCACCCGAAUUUGUACUAUAAGUUUAUCUCUUUCAACUAGUGUACGUACUCCAUUAGGAUUAUAAACUGUAUAAUAAAAAUAUUUGCAUUUGCAUUAGCGCUUGCACUAAAAAUCCUCAAAAA